GUAGCAGUAUUUGAGAGGAUAUAUGUAUGCCUAGCUGCAUGCAAAAGAGCCUUUGCCACCACAUGUAGACCUCUCAUUGGUUUAGAUGGGUGCUUCCUCAAAGGAGUUUAUGGGGGGCAACUCUUGACUGCUGUUGGAAAGGAUGGUAAUAAUCAGAUGUAUCCUAUAGCAUAUGCAGUUGUAGAGGCUGAAACAAAAGAUUCUUGGGAGUGGUUUGUGGACUUGUUACUGGCAGAUUUAGACAGUAUAGAGAGCAAGAGAUGGUGCUUUAUAUCUGACCAGCAGAAGGUAUAUAUUACUGCAUUUUAAUUACAUUCUUACAUGUUGGUUGAGCUGUUGUUUUAAUUUUAAGACUAAUUUUAAUUACAUUCUUACUUGUUGGUACUUGAAUGUCUUGAAUUACAGGGGCUUGUUCCUACACUGGCAGCAAUGGAUGAGAAUGUUGAUCACAGAUUCUGUGUUAAACAUCUCUAUGGAAAUUGGAGGAAGAAAUACCCUGGACAGGAAAUGAAAGGAGCACUUUGGUCUGCUGCAAGAGCAAAUACUAUGUCACAUUGGGAGAAGACAAUGGAUAAGUUGAAAGAAUUGAAUGAGGAGGCUUGGAAUGACAUGAAGCAGAUACCUAUCAAACAAUGGAGCAGAGCUGGCUAUAGCACAUACCCAAAAUGUGACUUGCAAGUUAAUAACAUGUGUGAGGCCUUCAACAGAGCAAUCCUAGAGUAUAGGGAUAAACCUAUAAUCAACAUGCUUGAAGGAUUGAAGUUCUAUCUUACCAACAGGAUUGUGAAGCAAAGGGAUAUGGUUAUUAGGUACCAGGGUGAUCUAUGUCCAACCAUUCAGAAGAAAUUAGAGGUGUCUAAGAGAGACGCUGCUGCAUGGCUUCCUUUAUCUGCUGGAGACCCUAGGAAUUCACUUUUUGAAGUAACUAAUGGGACUUGGAAGUAUGCAGUGAACUUGGAUGCUAAAUCUUGUGCAUGCAGAAGGUGGGACCUAACUGGUAUCCCUUGCUGCCAUGUUGUAGCUUGCAUAUGGUACAACAACACCAGGCCUGAGGAUUUUGUAGACCCUUAUUACUGGUAAUUGUGUUAAUGUUGUAUCUUGUAUUACUGAAAUUGUAUGUUGCAUAUCUUGUAUUACUGAUAUCAUCUCAUUUAUGUGUUUAGGAAAAGUACGUUUUUGAGGACAUAUGAAAAUAUCAUACUACCAUCAAAUGGUCCUGACUUGUGGCCUAAUCCUGGGAAUAAUGUAUUGCCAAUCAUCCCACCAGCAAUGAGGAGGGCUCCUGGAAGACCAAAGAAAAAAAGGGUGAGGGCUGCUGAUGAGCCCAGAGAUCCACAUAAGCUGCAAAGGUUUCAAUCAACUGUCUUUUGUGGCAACUGUAGAAGGGCAGGCCACAACAUCAGAUCAUGCAAGGCAAAAACAGCUGCUGAUAUUGUUAUUCCACCAGGAGGGAAUAAGAAACAGAAGAAGAAGACUAAAGAGGCAAGUGGCAGUGGAACAACUGAGGGAGCAACAACUCAGCAACCACCCCUAAACCCAACUAAUGGAGCAUCUCAGCAACAACCCCAGGGAGCAUCUCAGCAACCACCUCAAGGAGCACAAUUCAAUGUUGGUGUCUUGACUCAAGAAGUUCCAUCACAGGGAGGAAGCUCAAGAAAUGAAGUGGGAACUACAUCA